UGCGGUGAGUGCGAUCGACCCAGCGAGGAGCGCCAGCACAGCCGCGUCAGUUGGACGGGACUUUUCAGAGCAGUUUGGAACUUUUAACCCCCCCAAUCGUCUGCUGAUGUCCGCAGUAAGGUGGCCUCACGUCGUCCCUCUGCGACCGGACAGUGACAGGAUGACCCAGCGGCUGAUCCACUAGAGUUAUCCUGGCAGGAGACGAGCCGAUCGCUGGGAUGAAGGAUCGCCUGGCAGAACUGACUGCUAGCAGGACAGCAGCGGAGGAGGAUGUUGCGGUCGCGGUGGACAGAGAUGGCUUCUUCAUGGAGAGCUUUUUCAGGAGGGUGGAAGAAGUUCGAGGACUCAUCGACAAGAUCGACUAUCAAGUGGAGGAGGUGAAGAAGAUGCACAGCACGAUCCUGUCUGCACCCAACCCAGGCGACAGAACAAAGGAUCAGCUGGGCGCUCUGACCAACGACAUCAAAGGAAACGCCAAUGUGGUGCGAACUAAACUAAAAUCCAUGGAGCAAAGCAUGCCGAAAGAUGACAUAGCCAACAGAGCCUCUGUUGACUUCAGGAUCCAGAGAACACAGCAUACAGUGCUGUCCAGGAAGUUUGUGGAGGUCAUGACAAAGUACAACGAGACGCAAGUGUCGUUUCGGGAAAGAAGCAAAGGAAGGAUCCAGAGACAGCUGGAGAUAACUGGAAGAGUGACCACCAACGAAGAACUAGAGGACAUGUUAGAAAGUGGAAAUCCAUCAAUCUUCACCUCUGAUAUCAUUUCUGACUCCCAGAUAACACGUCAGGCCCUGAAUGAGAUCGAGUCGAGACACCAGGACAUCAUGCGUUUGGAGUCAAGCAUCAGAGAGCUCCAUGCAAUGUUCAUGGACAUGGCAAUGCUGGUAGAAACUCAGGGAGAAAUGGUGAACAACAUUGAGAAGAACGUGUCCAAUGCAGCUGAAUAUAUUUGUAGUGCGAAGGAAGAGACCAAAAAAGCAGUGAGAUACCAGAAGAAAUCCCGGAGGAAAUACAUAAUCCUUGCCUUUGCUCUGCUGAUCCUGCUUGCUGUCAUUGCACUUAUUGUUGGCCUGUCUGUUGGACUAACCAAACCACCUGAAUGAGAACGACUGUGAGAAACUUCUCUGCCUCGCCAUGUGUGGGGCCGCAGUUCUCCUCCUCCUGCUCAUCAUCAUAGUUGGAGUCUUUGAAUGAUGGCUUUCAGGGUUCACACCCUCACAGUGGCAUUCAGCUCCUGCAGUGAUGACGCUCAGAUCAACAUGAUAAUAAGACAAGUCAUUCACUAUCCAACAGCAUUACAGAGAGGACCACAGCGCAGUAUAGCCGCUGUGGUCCACUUUGCACCAGUAACGUCCGACCUCAUGACACACUGUUCCGGAUAUAAAGAGUUUUGAACAGUGUGUGUUCUGUUUCGCUGUCACUUUUUCAGGUUGGGUUUAAUUUUUUCUUGGUCUAAUCACUCUUAAGAAAUAGUUUGACAUUUUGGGCAGUAAUCAUAUUAACCUUCUUGCUGAGACCUUUAUGAGAAGAUACAUACAUCUCAUAGUUCUGUGCAUAUUAUCAGCAGCCGGAUAGCUUAAAAAGGUCCCAAAUUGUAGAAAUUGAGAUUUUCCAGUCUUUUUGAUUAUACAUAAACAAAACAAAACAAAUGAACAUAAUAUGGGGCCUUUAAUGCUGGAGUGUUAUGUGUCAGGUGAAUCUCAUCAAACUCUUCCCAGGAGGGUUAAUAAGUGUUUGUUUUUUCUCAAAAUGUUGAACUAUUGAUUUCAUAUGUAAAUAUCUAUUUUGACAGUCUAUUGCCCUUUAUAAAGUUGUAUAAUUUGUGUUUACAUGUUUAAGUGUAUGCUCUGUAUGUUCUUGUUGUUUUUAUAUUUUCUGUAAUUCAUGUGAAUUGAAUGUGAAACCGCUAAAGCUAGGGAGUCCCUCGGAGUUGGAAAAAAAAUGUGAAAAAACAAAAAAAAAAUCACUGUAAGCGUUCCUAGACAAAUAUUUUGAGAUCAACUGAAUGGAAUUCCCUAUUUU